AUGGCGUUCACUGUCGCCUACCUCAUCUACUCUGGCGUAAUGCCCUCAUUAAGACGUGCCGCCGCGGCGCUGCUCUGUGGCUUCGUCCUUGUCCGGAUGGACCUAUUCCCGCCUGCGGCUUCGCGUGGCGCGUCCAUCAUCGCGAUGAACGUCGCGCUCCCCGCGCUCAUCUUCGCGAACAUCGUACCCUCCUUCACGCCCGCGAACGUCUCCGCGCUCGGGCCCAUGUUCCUCGUCGCGGCCGUGUACCAGCUCAUCGGCUUCGCGCUCGGCAUGUUGCUGCGCGAAAUUGUUUACGUCCCCCGCAAUUUCUGGCAAGGCAUCGUCAUCCUUACCGGAAUGAGCAACUGGGGCAACCUCCCGAACGCAAUCGUCAUGUCCGUCACGCAGCAGGUCCCAUUCGAUCCAACCACGGACCCAGCACUGGGCGUGUCCUACGUCUCGAUCUUCACCGUCUGCUACCACGUCGUGUUUUGGAUGUGCGGCGCCUCACAGUCCCUCGCCUGGGACUACCUCCCUGCCGUCCCGCAGGGCGCAGAUGCCGAACGCCGGCUCUCGUGGAAGGAGAGGCCGAUCGGGAGCCUCGUGGCCCGAGCGCUGCGUCUCGCUCCGCCCCCACCAGCACCCACGACCUCGGAGCUCAAGGACGAGGAGACGUGCUCGUGUACUUGUCCGGGAGAGAAAGGCGACACCGACGAUUGCGACGACGGAAAGGACAAAUGCGAAGACACGCUCACUACCGUCUGUGACCCCGAGCCCGACUCCGCUGGGAGCAAAGAACCCGCUCCCCUGCCCCGCGCGUCGCACGCGAUCCCCCGCAUCGUGGUCACUGGCACAGACUCGCCCCCCACGUGCACCGCGGACCUCACGGAGGAAGCAGACAGCCCUCGCCAGGGUCUCCCCGAUCCCCACUCGAUCUCCCCGCGUACAGCUGUUCCCCGUCUCCCCGGCACAGCGACCUACCGCUCCCGCAACCUCACCCUCGCCAUCCCCCCGUCGCCGCUGCGCCCGUCCGCGGCCCAGUCGCCCGUCCGGGGCGCCUCGAACGCUGCAGCAUCCGUGCCCCCCACGCCGAAAACGCCCCGCUUCGCCACCGCGCCCUCCUCCCCGGCCCACGGGGCUCGCUUACCGUCCCCACGUCGCCCCUCGCGCGCUCCUCGCCCCCUCGACGGUGCGCUCGACGCGCUCCUCGCGCCGACGACCCCCUGCGCGUCGUGCACGCGAUACACGCGCUCGAAGACCCCGCGGCGGUCGACGCGCUCUCGCUGCGGCCCCGACCUCCCGCUCCGUCUCGCUGCUCCCAGCCGACACACGUUCAAGGGCAAGGCGCGCCGGUGCGCGCUGGGCGCAGGCGAGACGCUCGAGCCGCUGCUCAAGCCGGUCACGGUCGCACUCGCGGUGUCGCUGCCCGUCGCGCUCAUCACGCCGCUGAAGCGCUCUUCGUCAACACCACCGCGAGGGGGGCCCGCGUGGUUUGGGCCGGACGGGCGACCGCCGCUCGCGUUCGUGAUGGACACAGCCCAGUUCAUCGACACGCUCGCCGUCCCGAUCACGCUCAUCCUCCUCGGCGCGUCCUUCGCCCGCCUCUCGUUCCCGCGCCCGCUCUCGCGCCUCCCCAUCGCCGCGAUGGUCCUCUGCGCGCUCGCGAAGAUGGCACUCCUGCCCGUGAUCGGCGUCGUGAUGGUGCAGGCCAUGGUCCGUGGCGGGCUCAUUCCCGUCGAGGCCCGUGCGGAGCGAUUCGUCGCGAUGCUGCUCAGCGGCACCCCUGGGGCGCCAGAUGAUCGUGACGUCGUUGUAUGCGCCGACGGGAACGUGGACACCAUCGCGGCCUUCCUCCUGGUGCAAUAUGUAUUCUUGUUCAUAUCCAAUGCGUAA